GUUACUUUGUGCUGCAUCACAAAAUAUCGUCGCAGAGCAGACUUCUUGAUUUUCUCUCCAAGGAGCUCAAGCUCUCUCAUCUCUGCUGGGCAAGAUGUCGACCGCUGCGCGCCGCCGUCUGAUGCGAGACUUCAAGCGCAUGCAGACCGAUCCGCCUGCUGGCGUCUCCGCAUCUCCCGUCCCCGACAAUGUCAUGACUUGGAACGCUGUCAUCAUCGGUCCUGCAGACACCCCUUUCGAAGAUGGAACUUUCAGGCUCGUGAUGCACUUCGAGGAACAGUAUCCAAACAAGCCCCCGUCGGUCAAAUUCAUCAGCCAGAUGUUCCAUCCGAACGUUUAUGCCACAGGCGAGCUUUGCCUCGACAUUCUCCAGAACCGCUGGAGUCCAACCUACGACGUUGCCGCCGUGCUCACCAGCAUCCAGAGCUUGCUUAACGACCCCAAUACUGGAUCCCCCGCAAAUGUCGAAGCGUCCAACCUCUACAAAGAUAACCGCAAAGAGUAUAUGAAGAGGGUGAGGGAGACAGUGGAGAAGAGCUGGGAAGACUAGACUGCGGCGCCUGUUCCUCGAGAAGACAUGAUUUGGGCAGUCUUAAUAUCCGGGGAUGGCGAUGGCGACCACACGACCACGGCGGUAGGGUCGCUCUUGGGGCACGCACGUACCACAGAUCGUCCAGGCCCAGAACCGUCCCCCACCCCCCACCUUCUCUCUUCCUUUGGUUAGGUUGGAGUUCUGGAGUUUGGCCAGUUUCCGUCAGCAUUUCGAAGGCGUGUCAUUACAUUGGUCUCGGGCGUUGUCAGUGCGGCUCACGUCUCUGGUUGGGCAUCUCUCGAGGCAGUUGGAAUAUCGAUACGGGAGGGGAAGGCGGGGGCGUGAUUGGAGUUCCGGCCCACAUCAUUCUUUGCAAGAAGCAACCCUUCAAGUUAGGCGCCUACAUUCUUUCACACCGGUAGUUCAAAGCAUUUGGCGGUGGUUUUGUAUUGACCUAAUAAAAUAACAUGCUUCCAAGU